AUGCGACAGCUGUGGCAGCAUCAAGCAGCCCUGCACGAGGAUCGACACGAGGCGGCAGCGCAAGAAGCACAGAGACCCUCCCCGUCAAGCGGGACCAGACCAUCGUAUGAGCAGGCAACUCUACAACUGCAGCAAAAUGGAACUGGAUAUGGAGACAGCGGUCCGUCGAAACUAGCUCGAAUUUUCAUCCCUGCUAAACUUCGGAGAGCCAAGUCUGUAGAGGAUCAGCGUGGUUCUGGGGAUGAUCACUCCCCCUUUCGGCUCCUCAUGCACUUCACCAGUUACAACAAACUCAACAACGACAACAUCAAUCGCGGACCCGGCAAAGCACAUCUUCCGUUCAUAGUCUGCCCUCCUAACAAACCCUUUCUCUUAGGAUUUCGAGCUGAAUCCUCUGCUCCUCAACAUCAACUACGCUCUCCUAUCCAAACCUCAGGGUACUUGACCCGCGCGGUGUUGAAGGCAGUGUGUAUAAACAGACGAUCAUUAGUCUACCACGCGUUGUCGUAUGUCAGCUCACACAACCGCAGCUACCGACCAACUUUCCACCUUAUUUACCCUUCAAGUUCGAAGAGCUUCGACGUGGUCACUACAAGAACCCCGUAUAAAUUUAUCCUCAACCCACAUCGACCACACGUUCUCGAUCCGAGAAUAUGGGUUCGAGAUAUCCACCGCAUACUGGAUGAGGGUGGGAAUUUCGAAUUCUUCUUCUUUGAUUCUCACGUCAGCCAUGCCGGACCGCUCACAAGACAAAUGGAGCCCUGUCUCUACAACUGCCGGUGGAGUUAUGAGGCGUGUACCUGCACGCCAGCAGCAACUGCAACACAAGAGGCGAUAACUGUAAUCCAUUUUCUCGAACUCCUUGCCAGCUAG